ACAAGCUGCUCUGUCUUGGCGGGACGAGCGGUUUUGAAAAAUACAGUCCUGCAGAAAAAACUGGUUUUAUUCCACCAUGGAAGAAGAGGAAGAAAUCUCUAUCCCUCCCAUGAAACUCCGCUGCGGUCGAAGCGAUGGAAAGUCAUGGCGAUGCAAGAACUGGCGAAUCCAUGACAGGAGCCUCUGCCAAGAGCAUUUCCUUCAAAGCCGUGCAAAAGCUGAGAAAAAUCUCAGGACUAAGGUUCUUAAAAGAGCGAAAACUACGGUUAGGGGUCCGCGAUCUCCGCGUGAGAAACCAGGUUUGAAGCUUCGGAAUGCGGAGAAGCUGGGAAAUGAGGGUUCCAGGAAGAGAUUCAGAGAAGUGGAAGAUAAGGAAAUUUUUCCUGAGAAGAAGCGGCCACGGAGGGCGGAGGGUUUGGAUAGGCCGUUUCGAAGGUAUGGAGGGUGGAAAGUGGAGAGGGAGAUUGGGGUCAGAGAGAGGAAGGUGGGGAAGAUGAAGUUGAAAGAGGAGGAUGACUUGGAGGAGGUGGUUAAUUUCAAGGGCUUGAGGCGGCGUUCAUCUGCAAAGAAUGCGGAGGGUUUUCAGCCGAACCGUGUGACAGGAGAGAAUGCUACUAUGUGUCAUCAAUGUCAGAGAAGCGAUCAGAGGGUGGUUCGGUGCAAGAAGUGUAGAAGGAAACGAUAUUGUGAGACAUGCCUAAAGCGAUGGUAUCCUCAUAUGUCAGAGGCAGAAGUUGCAAAGGCUUGCCCUGUCUGUCGUAGAAAUUGCAAUUGUAAAACAUGCUUGCGUAUGGAUAUACUGGAGAGUUCAGAGAGGAAAAUAAAUGAAGUAGGCAGAAUCCGUCAUUCUUGCUAUUUGAUACAUGUACUUCUUCAAUUUCUGAAACAAUUAAAUAGUGAACAGAUCAAGGAAAAGGAGAUAGAGGCUAAUAUUCGAGGAAUACCAUUAUCUGAAGUAGAACUUCUCCAGGCAGGCUGUUUCAGCGAUGAGCGCGCAUUCUGUGAUAAUUGCAAAACUUCUAUUGUUGAUUUUCAUAGAAGCUGUCAAAAUUGUUCGUAUGACCUCUGCCUUCAUUGUUGCCGGGAAAUUCGUGAAGGCUGCAUAAAGAGACAUGAUGAGGAUGUCGUUAUGCAAUUUCCAGAUAAAGGUAGAGCUUAUCUGCAUGGGAAAGAACCAAACUCUAGCAUUACUGAACAAAAAGAUGCUUCAGCUGUGUGUGUGGAUAAGAACUCUACAAAUUGUGUUGGGUCAUUGACUGAAUGGAAGGCCAACAAUAAUGGCAGUAUUUCUUGUCCCUCGAAGGACAUGGGUGGAUGUGGUGAGUGCCUUCUGGAGCUGAAGUGUAUCUUUCCAGACAAUUGGACUUUGGAGUUGGAAAGAAAGGCAGAAGAAAUAGAUGGCAGCUACAAUUAUCUCGUAGUGUCUGAUAGCUCUUUUCAGUGCUCCUGUUUUAAUAAGAACGGACAAAUACAUCUUGGUAACAAGAAUUUAAGAAAAGUAGCUUCGAGAGAAGAUUCCAAUAGCAAUUAUCUAUAUUGUCCUACUUCUAGAGAUGUUCAGCAUGGUGACCUAGAGCAUUUCCAGAGGCAUUGGAUGAGAGGUGAACCGGUCAUUGUUCGUAAUGUUCUUGAGCUUACGUCUGGCUUGAGCUGGGAGCCAAUGGUCAUGUGGCGUGCAUUACGUGAGAGGACGAAAUCCAAGGCUGUUUCUGAAUCUUUCUCGGUGAAGGCCAUUGAUUGCCUGGAUUGGUGUGAGGUUGAAAUUAAUAUUCACCAAUUUUUUAAAGGAUAUGCAGAGGGGCGAAAUCACAAAAAUCUAUGGCCAGAGAUUCUCAAGCUGAAGGAUUGGCCACCUUCUAAUUCCUUCGAGGAGAGAUUGCCACGCCAUGGUGCUGAAUUCAUCAGUGCCUUGCCAUAUAAGGAAUAUACAGAUCCCAAGGUCGGUCUUCUUAAUCUGGCUGUAAAGUUGCCAGAGAAAACCCUGAAACCGGACAUGGGUCCUAAGACAUAUAUUGCUUAUGGGUUUGUGGAAGAGCUUGGUAGGGGAGACUCUGUAACUAAGCUUCACUGUGAUAUGUCUGAUGCGGUGAAUGUUUUGACCCAUACUGCAGAAGUUGUUCUUACCAAAAAUCAGCUUUCCAGAAUAGAAAAGCUGAAGAAGUUGCACAGGGCUCAAAAUCAGAGAGAGCAUCUCUGUAUUCAACAAAAUCAGGAGAGCUUUGGUGAGAAUCACGUGGCACCAUUGGCUGGGAAGAACCUGACAGAACAGGAUGAUUUCAAGUCACAUAUUAUCACUACCAAUGGAAAGUUGCUCCAAUCCCAAGAUCGGGGCCUGCGUUUCAGUAUUGUUCAACCAAAACAGGAAAUGAUUGAUAAAUAUCACGCAGUGCCAUCUGCUAGGAAAUUCUCGCAAGAGCUAGAUGAUUUCGACAUGCAUAAUAACACUGCAAUCGAUGAAAAACCAGAGGGUGGAUCUGAUGGGCAAAAAGUAGAUGCCAUUGUCAUUGAUUCUGAACCCAAAAAGAAUGAGUUAGAUGUUUCUGUUGGGAACCAGAAAAAUGCAAAUGCUCCUGCCUCAUUUCUUAGAGCUGUAAUAAAUAAAGAACUUUCAGGAAUUGAAGAACGCAAUAAUCCAGACAGUUGUUUUGGCAGUGUCAAAUCUGGAGCCCCUGUAGAACUUCAUGGUAAUGGGCACAUAGUAGGGAAAUCUGCCAGUCUGUCUCAUGAAAUGCUUGCAACUGAAAAACGUGCUGAUGUGGAAAAAGGGGAUGCAGUUGUUAUUGACACCAAAAUUGAACUAAUCAAAGUAGAUGUUGUAGCUAGACAAUCGACAGAUGAUGAUGUUGGUAGCUCUUGUUUUAAAGCUGAAAUUGGUGAAGAUACUGGUGUUGUUGCUUUAAAGGUUGAAGAAAAUGAGAAGCAUGUUGGUGUAGAAGAACAGGGUGUGGGUAACACUUGCUUGAUCCUUAAAAGGGGAAGCAACGAAGAACCUGCCACCAAUGCCUUGCAUGGAGGUAGCAAUGCUUGUUUGCCUGGUAGCAGAACUGAAAGUAGUGAAGCACUUCAUAUAGUGGGUGAUGAGCAAGAUGGAGGAAAUGGUUUUUCUGGUUUGCAGCCUCACAAGGGGGUUUGUGAUUAUCAGGAAGAAAAAUCCGAUAACUGCCGUGAAGUUUCUGGAAAGAGUUUGGAGAGAAGAAAGAAUAUUCGAGGUAGAAAAAGGAAGAAGGGAAGUAGACAUGUGGUUUCAGGCAACAGUUACAAGAAAACGGUGAAGGAUAGUAGUGCUCUGGAGGAAUUACAGGAUAACAAAGAGAAUAGUUCUUUGGUGGUCAAAACUGAGACCUGUGAAGAAUUAGGUAAGAACGGUACAUGUGAUGGGGUGGAUGCUGGUUUUUCCGAUAUUAGAACUGCUACUGCUGAGGCACUUGAGGCCUUGAAUGAUGAAAAAAAGGAAGAAAAUGGUUCUUUUGGUCCUCCACCAGAGGGAACCAACAACAAUGUGGUGGAGACUAGCAACUGCAGAAAUAUUUCUAAAGAUUCUGAAAAAAGUGCUAGGAAGCAAGUUGGGAGUACGAAGCGAAAGUGGGGAAGAAAACUUGCAGUUUCUGGCAAUAGAUUGAUUUCCAAAAUGGUGACAGUUGGAGCUGGGGGGGAGUUGGUGAAUAAUUGUGACACCAAUUCUUUUGUUGGCCAAACUGAUACCCAUGCAGAACUUGAUUUGAGUGGGGCACGAGAAGAAGGUGAUUCUGGUUUAUUUGAUAUUGAAGCUGUAACUAAUGAAGCACUUGAGGUUUCAAUGGGUGAUCAGCAAAAGGAAAAUGGUUCUUCUGACCUUCGAUCACUAGAGGCAACUAAUUGCAAUGUCAGUAAGGAAAAUGAUGGCUGCACGAUGAUUACUGAAAUUUCUGACAAAAUUGGAGAGGUGAAGCAAGUUCAAGUUAGAAAGAAGAAAGGGCGAAAACAUGCUGUUUCUGCUAGAAAGUUGAUAUCCAGACCACCACCUGGUGGUGCUGUUUGGGACAUUUUCAGGAGAGAAGAUGUUACAAAGCUACAGGAAUAUCUUAGGAAGCACUCAAGAGAAUUCAGACACACCCACUGUUCUCCAGUAGAGCAGGUUGUGCACCCUAUUCAUGACCAGACUUUCUAUCUAACUUUGGAACAUAAAAGGAAGCUCAAGGAGGAAUUUGGAAUCGAACCAUGGACUUUUGUUCAGGAACUUGGAGAGGCAGUCUUUAUUCCUGCUGGGUGUCCUCAUCAAGUCAGAAAUCUCAAGUCUUGUAUAAAGGUUGCGCUCGACUUUGUCUCACCUGAAAAUGUCCAUGAGUGCAUUCGCUUAACUGAAGAAUUCCGUUUGCUUCCUCAAAAUCACAGGGCUAAGGAAGACAAACUAGAGGUGAAGAAAAUGACUCUUCAUGCAAUCAACCAAGCUGUGGAGGAAUUUGAAUCCACUCGAAGGUCUAAGCCCGUUCCUGAAGAUGAGAACCUGGCAGUGGAAAAAAGACCGGAAUCAGACCCACUGCAAUCAUCUGAGCAUCUGCCAACACCGGUGUCACCACAGCUGCUUCAGGUUGCAUCAUCACCGCCCACUGAGUAAACCUGAAAUACUGUCGAAUAGAACCCUAGAUUUUCCGUGGUUGGUGAGAUCUCCUUUUUUGAGCUUCCAACAUGCCAAAAAUUGCAUGUUAGUUUUUCUGUAGAUGUCUCGUUUUGUGCAGAUUGUGUUUGUACUGGCCCUCUCUGGCUGUUGUUUUGGACAUAGCUGUGAGUAAAACAUCCAGAUGAGAUGUGGGUUUGUGUUGUUUCUUAUUGCCAUGUAAUUUGAAUGUUUGUAUCUUCAGCUGAUGGUGUUGUUAUAAAGAACUCUUUUUGAAAUUCCAUCAUCUACAAGGGAAAGCUUAGCCUCAGUAAUAUGAAUGUUUGCAUCUUCAGCUCUGGAUAUUGUUAUAAAGAGCGUCUUUUUGUAUUUAAAUUUUCUAGAAGGAAAGCAUACUCUGUUUAUGUUC